AUGGCGUUUAGUUUUGGCUUUUCAGGCGACGACAUUGAAGAGGAUCCGAAUGAUGUGCAGGAGCAGAGUGGGCAGCCAACAGGUGCUGUGGAGAGUCAUGUGCCACCGCCCAUAGCCGCUCAAACUCUUGACUUGGAUGAAAUGCUCUCCACCCUCCCCGACAAAAUCUCCUUUUCAACAGUCUCCCUCACCUCUCCCAAAGGCAACAUCGCACACCUCCCCCGCCGCGAGCUCUUUGACGUACGUCUGCAACUCAUGGCCGAAGACGACGGCACAACCGCGUCGCCCCUCUCUGGCCUCGAAUCCAGCGACCUGCAGCAAAAUGUCUACGAAGGCGGCUACAAGACGUGGGAAUGCAGUCUGGACCUCGUACGCUUCCUGCUGGACCGGGACCCACGCAAAGAUCUCGACGACCUGGUGCGUGUGGGCCACGUGAUUGAAAUGGGAUGUGGGAGUGCACUUCCCUCGCUGCUGCUGUUCCAGUACGCGAUAAGAGAGGGGCUGGGCAUGUAUUUUACCCUGACAGAUUACAAUGCCGACGUGCUGCGCUGCGUUACGCUGCCGAAUCUCGUCUUGGCAUGGGUAGCCACGUUGAGUCGAGAAGAGAGUGCGCAGUUAUUUGCGGAAGAUGCGCCGAACCCGCUGCUACGCCAUGAAUCGUCGGCUGAGGGUCAGCCUGCUGGUGGUGAAGAGGAAUACGCUGAUUUAUACAUUACCCCUGCACUGCUCCAGGCGUUCAAAGCUUGCCUACAAAACAUCGGUAUUACACUGACGUUUCUUUCGGGAUCGUGGGCUCCCGCUUCUGCUUUACUGCCGCUUAUUCCUUCGUCGCCUGAUCUCAAUACUUUUAUCCUUGGCUCAGAGACUAUCUACAGCCCUGCGUCGCUGACGGCGUUUGCCGAUGCUAUUGUGGCGCUCAUGGGCCGCGUCAAGAUGGGCAAGACGCUCGUGGCGGCCAAGCGAGUGUAUUUUGGUGUUGGGGGUAGUGUUGACGACUUCAGGGAGGAGUGUAGUCGGCGAGGCUGUGUGGCAAGUGAACUCGAGUUUGAGGGAUUGGGAGAGGGCGGAGUGAGGAGAUGUUUGGUUGAGGUUCAGAUGUAUUAG